CCUGCGCAGGGACGACCUGUGCGUGAUGGUCCGGCGCGCAGGGUGGGUGAGGCGCAGCAUCGUGGACGCCUUCGAGCCGCCGGUGUGGGCGGUCACCCUGCUCUUCUGCGCCAUCUUCACUGCGGCGCUCUAGGGCGGGUGGUCGGCGCGGUGGGGGGACGCGUGGGUGGAGACGGCGCAAGCGCUGGUGACGGGCGCCCAUGCCACACGCAGUCGCCGCCUCAUGGUGUGGUGCACGGCGCUCGGCUUGGUGCUGCUCAACGCCUUCUCGGGCAUCUUCAAUAGCUACUUCUCCGUGCCCCGCCGCGGGACAGAGCUCAACACACUCGGCGAGGUUGACCGCGCAGUGGACAAAGUGGUGGCCAUGCCGCGCGUCGUGGCCGAUUUCAAGGACGUGGACAUCAGCUCCGUGCGCCUAUUGGCCAAACUGAGCGAGUUCAAGUUCGACACGGAGGAGAUCCUGUCGGGGCGCGCCGCCGUCAUGGACACCGAGUCCACGCUGGAGUCGGCGCGCCGCAUGAAAGAGGUGCUGCAGGACGGCGUGUCGCCGCUCCGGAAGGUGCCCGAGUGCGUGGUGAGCCCCGCCUACUUGUCCUUCCCGGUGCGCAAGGGCUGGCCGCUGGUGCACAGCCUCGAGCUGCCAGGAUUUGUGGACGACGUCUUAGCGGACAGCCCCAAGCCUCUGGUGCUGAUUCACUUCCUGGAGGCCUAUAUUCUGUUGGCCUCCGGGCUCAUGGCCGCCACCGCGGCAUUCCUCGGAGAAGCUAUGCACGCCGCCUUGAUGAAGAGAAGAAAGAAGUUACAGCAGCAGGACGAGCGAUUGAAAGAGACUCAACCCUCGGAAAAAUACCUAGCAGAUUCCGUAGUACACAAUGAAGACACUGAUGGAAAAGAAGAGGAUUGCAUAGUACAUUUAGAUCUGGAAGAGGAUGAUGGUAAAACUGAUUCUAAAGAACGUGAUGCGGAGGAACGGAACAAGGAAUAUACCUUGGAAGCAGAACACGACAUAGCAAAUGUUGAAAAAGAAAAUAAGGAUUGUUCAGAAAGCGGAUUCAACGAGAUUACUACAACAGUGGUUUUGUAUGUAGACAAAGAAUGUGAUGUGGAGGAACUGAAAGUCUUGGAUACAGAACAAGUCACACCGAAUAAUGGAAGAGAACUUAUAGGUUGUCCAGAAAGCGAAUUCAACGAAGUUACUACAGAUAUGGUUUUGGACCUACCCGCAGAUAACAAAAUAGAAUGUCAAACCACAGAAAGAAUAGAAAGAGGGUACGAA